CUGGUCCCGGUCCCGGUCCCGUCCCGCCGGGAUGACGGCGGAGCUGCAAGCCCCGGGCGGCAGCGGCGGGGAUUGCCAGAUGCUCCUAAACCAGCUGAAGGAGAUCACAGGAAUUCAAGAUUCAGCUUUCCUUCACGCCGCUCUAAAGGCUGCCAAUGGAGACUUGAUGGAAGCAGUCACCUUCCUGACAGAGGAGCACACCCAGGCGCCGGCUCGGGACGCAGCCGCGGCAGAGCCCUCUGCUUGGGAAGGCAGCGCCGUGGGCAAGCAGCUUGCACAAAGUGUUACCACUGCACUUACCCCCAGCAACCAAGAGGAACUCCACGUGACUGACCCCUUCAGGCCACCAGAAUCACCCAAAGCUCAGGUUGCAGAGAGAGACGCUGCUGAAAGACCUCAGGAAGCACAUUGUGCUGAAAACAAAAACCGGUCCAAAAGGAAACGCUGCGAAGCCUGGGGAGAGAACUCCAAACAGAGUGACUGGAGGAGAGAGGGCGACUGGCCCGUGGGAAUGAAGAACAUUGGGAACACGUGUUGGUUUAGCGCUGUCAUACAGUCUCUGUUUCAGUUGCCAGAGUUUCGGAGGCUGGUCCUUGGGUACUCCCUUCCACAAAGUGUGCUGGAAAGCUGUCACAGUCGCACUGGAAAAAGGAACGUGGCAUUCAUGCAAGAACUUCAGUGCCUGUUUGCUUUAAUGCUGGGGACUCGUCGUAAGUUUGUAGACCCUUCUGCAGCGCUGGAGCUCUUGAGGGACGCGUUUAGAUCCGCCGAAGAACAGCAGCAAGAUGUGAGUGAAUUUACACACAAACUACUGGACUGGCUGGAGGAUGCCUUCCAGCUGGCUGUGAAUGUCAAGAGCCCUGGGGACAAAUCUGAAAACCCGAUGGUACAACUUUUUUAUGGAACUUUCUUGACCGAGGGUGUCCACGAGGGCAAUACCUUUUCCAAGAUUGAAACCUUUGGUCAGUACCCCCUUCAGGUGAAUGGUUACCGAAAUUUGAAUGAGUGCUUGGAAGGAGCCAUGGUGGAGGGAGAGAUGGACGAGGCAGCUGCAUCUCAGUCAGUGAAGUACGGACAGGAGCGCUGGUUUACAAAACUCCCACCAGUACUGACCUUUGAACUCUCCCGAUUUGAGUUCAAUCAGUCACUAGGACAGCCAGAGAAAAUUCACACCAAGCUAGAAUUUCCCCAGACUAUUUAUAUGGACAGGUACCUCUACUGCAGUAAAGAGCUUAUUCAGAUGAAGAGAGAAGAAGUGAAGAGACUGAAGGAGAAAAUGGAGCUUCUACAGCAGAAACUGGAAAGGUACAUGCAGUACGGCUCGGGCCCGGCGCGCUUCCCGCUGCCCGACAUGCUGCGCUACGUCCUGGAGUUCAUCACAGCCACGCCGGCCGCAGCCAGGGCUGCCCCGCCACCACCACCCCCUGCACACAGCCCGGCCCACACGCCUGCUCUGGAGGUGCUUCCACAGCCCAGCAGCAUCCUGGAGAGGAAGGACAGUGGGACUGAAGAUGGAGCUUUCUUUUUGGCAAAUUCUUUGCCGCAGCAGAAGUCGAGUUCACAGCUGCAGCCUCCCAGGUCAGCAGCAGAAGCGUCUGACCAUCCAGCUCCCCACGUGGUUUCUGAGGAAGAGCUGAAACUGGUCCGGACGUGUCUGCAGCGAUGGAGAAACGAGAUUGAGCAGGACGUGCAAGAUCUGAAGGAGUCUAUUGCCAGAAUCAGCCUGUCUAUUGAACAAAUGUACUGUGACCCUCUCCUCCGCCAGGUUCCCUACCAUCUGCACGCAGUCCUGGUGCACGAGGGCCAGGCCAACGCUGGGCACUACUGGGCCUUCAUCUACGACCAGACACGGAAAAGAUGGCUCAAGUACAAUGACAUCUCAGUGACAGAGUCGUCGUGGGAAGAACUGGAGAGAGAUUCCUUCGGAGGCCUGAGGAACGCCAGCGCCUACUGCCUGAUGUACAUAAGUGACAAGGUGUCCCGCUUCGUGACAGAAGAGGAUGAUGACUCAGAGGUCGGACAGUUGCAGAGGGAAGUUGAGGCCUUGUCCCCAGAGCUGAGGCAGUACAUCCAGGAGGACAACUGGCGGCUCGAGCAGGAGGCAGAGGAGUGGGAGGAGGAGCAGUCUUGCAAGAUUCCCCAGAUGGAGCCUUCACCCACUGCUGAAUCAGAGGAGCUCUCUUCCGAUUCGGGACCAGAUCAGUGUGCAGCGUGUGAGCAGAGCACACGCUCCCUGUCCUCCGAGCACGCCAUGAUUGCCAAGGAGCAGACCGCCAAGGCCAUUGCCAACACCGCCGAGGCCUACAAGAAGAACGGCGUCGAGGCAGCUCUCUACGAGCCUAAGGAGGUAGAACCAGUGAAGGCCCAACCGAGAGAGACAGCCCUUACAGGUCAGGCAGAGCAGCCAGAGGUCUCUGAGGAAGCACAGCCUGCUACCCAGACUAGCUGCCAGGUCUCUGAAGUGGAAAUCCCCAGUGUGGGGAAGAUUCCUGUUAGAGCCGAUGCAGAUGGAUAUAAUGAGGAGGUGAUGCUGAGUCCAGCCAUGCAAGGUGUCAUCCUGGCUAUUGCAAAAGCCCGCCAGACCUUUGAUCGAGAUGGGUCUGAAGCGGGGCUCGUGAAGGCGUUCCACGAGGAGUACUCCCGGCUAUACCUGCUCUCCAAAGAGACCCCGACUCCCCAGAACGACACCCGGCUGCAGCACGUGCUCGUUUACCUCCUGCAGAACAAUGCUCCCCAGCAGGUGGUGGAACGAACCCUCCUGGAGCAGUUUGCAGACAAAAACCUCAGCUACGACGAGAGGUCAAUCAGCAUCAUGAAGGUAGCACGAGCAAAGCUGAGGGAAAUUGGUCCUGACGACGUCGAUAUGGAGGAAUACAAGAGGUGGCACGAAGACUACAGCCUCUUCCGCAAGGUCUCGGUGUACCUCCUGACAGGGCUGGAGCUCUACCAGAACAGAAAGUACCAGGAGUCCCUCACUUACCUGGUCUAUGCCUACCAGAGCAACACCAAGCUGCUGCUGAAAGGAGCCAACAGAGGAGUGAAUGAAUCGCUGAUUGCCCUGUACAGAAGGAAAUGCCUCCUGAAGCUGAAUGAGGCGGCAGCGUCUCUGUUCGUAAGCUGUGAAGAAGCUCGUGUGGCAGAGGGCAUUAGCAUCCUGAAUGAGCUGAUCAUCCCCUGCAUGCACCUCAUGAAUAGCUUUGAGAUCUCCAAGGAGGACCUGGAUGCCAUUGAGGACAUGAGGAACCGCUGGUGCUCCUAUCUGGGGCGGGAAGACAUGGACGCAAAACUGCAGAUGAAGCUGGGCGAGUUGCUGCCCCGGCUCCUCGACUGCUCCACUGAGGUCGUGGUGCUGAAAGAGCCCCCAAAGAUCCGUCCCAACUCCCCCUACGACCUGUGCAGCCGCUUCGCAGCCGUGAUGGAGUCCAUCCACGGGGCCUCGGCUGUGACGGUGCAAUAGAGCACGAGUCCUCGCCGUGCCGAGGGACACGCUGCAGCCCGCCCCCGGGACAGUGGGCGCUGGGGCCAGGGAGAAGGGGUCACUCACAUUCAGAGCUGUGUUCUUUGUAAAUACGAAUGAGUAAGAAGCAGUCUUGCACUUCUGAGAGAAAAUGUGGAGCGGUGACGGGGAGGCCCUGAGCUGCUCCCCAGACCCUGGCAGCAGCUGGGUCCCUAAGGCCAUCUCAGGAGGUUCCUCUACUUUGGCCACUGUCCAGGCACAGACCUUGGCUCUCUAUUGUCACACAGCCCACUGCCAAUUCUACCUGACAGAAGAAAGCAUCCCGGAGCCUUCCUUCCUCCGGGAAGGGCGCAGGCACACGGUGGCAGUGCGCAGGGACGGGAUGGGGCUGUGCGGGCCGUCCCCUGCCCGGCUGUGCCGCGGUGCCAGCGCGCUGCUGCAGGCUGGUCACACGCUCCCCGGUGCACCCCUCCCACCAGGAGGGAAACUAGGGCAUUUCCAGCGUGGGCCAGGUGUCAAGCACAACUCUGAGGGCUGGAAUCGGCCCCGUUUGGGUUGGUUGGAGGGGUUUUAACUGACUUUGUGUAAAGCUGUGCCCUGCUUGCGUUGCCUUCCGCGGGCUGCCCAGGGUUGUGUUCGAGCUGCGGUACAUUGUUUUCAGCCAAAUGUUUUAAGUGGGGGAAUUCUCUCUGUUGGGACUAUGCAGGUUUUUCUCA